AUGCCUGCACGAGAUCAGCAAGUGCCGGAGCUCUCCUAUCUCCCGACCUAUACACAGACCAGGCCACCACCUGACUCUGGACCUCCUCCUGCCUAUGCCAAUGUGAUCGGAAAGGUGUAUCCCUACUCUCUCCGGCCGGUGCUGCUCGUGACGACGUUCUGCACUGUCCUCUACCUCCUGCUUGUAUCCAUCUCCAACUUCAAAGAUAUCGGACACACUGGCAACAAUGCGACAAUGAAUCUCUUUGACAUUCUUACGGGCGCACUUCUCAUGGCUGUUGCCCUCUUCGAAGUUCUCGGCUUCGUAGGCGCUCUCAAGGCCAACCUCAAACUCGCUACGCUCUACUCCAAGCUCACGCUACCUGGGUUUGCGCUGGUGAUCGCUUGCGAGGUGCUCAACAUUGCAGGCCACUACAUGUUCAAGAGUCGCAUCAUCGAUGACUGCAUUGCUAGGAACACGGGCACAGUUGCUUCCUCGUCCGGCUACAACUGGCUGGGCCAAUCAAUCAGCAGUACGGUCAUGUCGCCGCAGGACGCUACCAACUACUGCAACAGCUCGUGGCGGUACGACUCGACUUGGCAAAUUGUCUGGCUUGUCGUCACCAUUCUGUUCGGCAUUCCUUUCGUCAUGUUCAGCUUCGCCUUUGUCCGUCAGCUGCGCGAUCCAAACUCUGUUCGAGUGCGCGAGUCCAACUUUGGCUGGUGGCAGCGUCGCCACCAUCAGCAACCACCCAGUGCUCAAUAUGCCAACGGAUACAACUCGGCACCUUACGACCCUCAGUCGCAAGCACAAGCCUAUUCUUAUCCUCCUGCGCCGUACGGCUCUGGCCCGUACUCUGCGCCCGCCGGUCCACCGCCUGGUGCGUUCAGCACAGACGGCCACCGCGAUCUUCCUGGAUAUGAACGUGGUGACAUAGAAGGUGACUUUGACGACGACCGCAAGAGCCCAGUGACAAGUCCAACUUCGUAUGGCUACAGUGGAACUGGUCGGCCGAGCACGAGCAGGGACCGUGAUGCAAGGCAGAACGAUGCGGCUAAAGAUUCGCAGGUAACGAUCCGGCUGGACGAUGACGUCGACACCAAGAGCAAGGGACAUGGUCGUCACUCCCACGACGAUGAUACGCCGAGGAUUUGA